AUGUCGCAGACCCCGAACCUCAAGAGGAGCUUUCAGAGAAUGAUGCAGGAUCAAGCGCAUGGCAUGGUGAACAUGGAAAAUGUUUCAUACCACGACUUCCAGCCCGGUGCUUUCUACACUCCACCACCACCGCAGCAACCACAGAUUGCACCUCACCAGGUCCUCUUCAGCAACCCACAGCCAUUUCAAUCGCCAAACGAGUUUGUCCACGAUGGCUACCUCCCGACUGGCGAUUCAAUGGGUUACUUUCCAACACACCGAUCCCUCUCCGAGGGAUUCGUCCACCAGAACAACGCCAACGAUUCGUUUUCUUCCAUGAGCAGCGGCUCGUCAUCGUGCAAUGUGUCCAUCGGUCCAGCAACACCCCCACCAGCGCCUCACUACCACAUGCCAACAAAGUUCCCCGCGGUGCCCAUUACGCCCAGCCACGUUGUUCCAAGACAGAAGGCGAAGCGAACCGCAACGGCUUGUGAGGAGUGCAGAAAGCGCAAGCAGAAGUGUGAUGGCGAGAGCCCUUGCCAAUCAUGCAAAGAGCAGAAGCUCGACUGCCGAUACCGUGAGGUUUCACCCACCAAAAAGGACAACUCCAUGGAAAAGCUUGUUGCGCUCAUUGAGAGCUUUGGAAAGUCCAUGGAAGCCUUGAACCAGCGUCUAGACGCCAUGGGAUCAACUGUCAACUCCAUUCAGAGCCGCUUGGACAACUGCCAGUGCGGUACUGUUGAAAUCAACAGCGCUCCAUGCAAAAGCCACGUAUAG